AUGCCGCGGCGCUGGUUGCAGCAAACUGACACGACAGCUGCAGGAUGGAGCGGAAGCCAGGGCUGGGUGCAGUACAGGGUCGAUCUGCCGGACGUGGUCAACGACGACGCGAAACCGGUCAUCUGCGUCAAUUUCGAGUGUCCCACAGGCUUCAACGAUAAUAGACUUUGGGCAGAUGCGACUGCCAGCGCGGAUCCCAAGGCUCCGGCGUCCUCGCUGUUCAAGCUCACAGCGAGCGACUUCGUGAAGCGCGACCAUCCGCUGACCGGGACGCUGACGGUCACGUUCAACGAGAGCCUCUCGACACGCUCGGCGGUCACGAUGGUCAGGGUGGCUCGGCCAGUCACGUGCGUGAGCAACUCGCGGGGCGAGAAGCAGACGGGCAACAACCGGGUCGUAUGGGAGGCGGGUUCGCCGACGAAAUACGAGGACAACGGCGACGCUAGCUGCCCGGGGUCGUUCUUCCCGGUGGGCUUCGACGUCACUGACGGGUCGGUGAGCGCGUGGGUGUUGGACUUGACCAUCGAGGUGGACGCGAACCUGGCCGGCGUGCCAGUGACGGUGCACGGCGGCAACGACGCGGCGGCCGAGGUGGCGGCCAGCGACGGCGACAGCGCAUACGUCUUCGGCAAGACCGGGACGCAGACGGUGCGGGUCAAGGUCGACCCGCCGUGGGCGCAGGUAGAGAGGCGGCCGUGGGGGGUGAGCGGGAACGUGGCGUGGAGGCUGCGCGUGUGCAGCACCGGCCAGACGCUGCCGUUGAACGCCACGCGACUGGAGCUGUACGCACUGGCGCCGCAGCGCAGCCUGCCCGCCUACUUUGAGGGGGCGGUGCCGGUGAGGCUGGCGCGCAGGGCGGUGCCGCGGGGCCACACGGGCGACCACCUGUCCUGGCUGGAGUACUGCUACGACAACGUCUUCACACGCUUCGACUUCCGCUACGAUGCCACGUACGGGGCGCCCGCCUACGUCGCCAGCCACCUCGGCGGCAACUUCCGGCUGCGGGCGUACCUGGCGGCGGCCGGGCGUGGGGCGUCGCUGGUCAACUGCUACGACCAGGCCGCAGCCAUGCAGAUCUGCCUCGCGCUGGCGCCAGGCACAGGCCGCAGCGGGGUGAGAUGGGCCUUCAUGGACGCUUUCGGCUUCAUCAAGACGACGGAGCUGGUGGGCUGGGGCGCCUGCAACAACCCCUUCUUCCGGAACCCGGCGUGCGCGAGGACCCGCGAGUGCGACAACGACGACCCGCGGCGCUCGCACUUCGACAACCACGCCUUCCUCGUCCUGCAGCCCUCCAACACCGUCGUCGACGCCACCUGCUCGCCCCACCGCGGCACUGAAAGCCCGCAGCGGUACCUGUGCGCCGCCGUCCAGACGCUGGACGAGACGACGCUGUACCGCCAGCACGGCCUGACCCCCGGCAGCGAGACCAACAUCGACAGCACCUCGCCCGGCAUCGUCAGCCUGGACGCCGCGGCCAUGGUGCCGCGCUCGGGCGAGCCGCUGGUGGGCGGCCCGAUCGAAGCCCCACCACGUGACCGGGCCGUCGCCCGCCUUCUGCAGCUCGCCGCUCCCGCCAGCCUGCACGCCCCGCCCCCCAAAUUCUGCAACGCCGACAUCACCGCUGCAUUGUUCGACGCCGCUGCCGCCGCCGCCGCCGUCCCGCCCUGGGACGCGGUCCGCUCCGACGUCUACCUGGGCCGGGACGCCACCACGGCUGAAUGGGUGCUGGGCUUGCGCGGGAGCGAGGCCGAGGUGACGGUGCAAUGCACAGUGACCGAAGACACGGAGCGCGCAAGCGAGCAGAUGACGGCCCAUCUGCGCGCCUACACCGGUCCGCUGCGCCAAGUCUUCGUCCGCCCGGAGCAGCGCCACGCCCAGUGCGAGCUCAGCCUCGAGACGGCCCCCGGCCUGCCCCGGCCCACGUCUCUGUGGGUGUUUGGCAACGUGUUUGUGCGCGCCACCCAGAGCCGGCUGGGUGCCCAUGACGACGACGAUGGCGGCGACGAGGCGACGGCCGUUGCCCACGCGGUUUCUGCCGCCAGCGGUCUGCUCUACGCCCGCCUCGAGAGCACCACCGUCGCCACCAGCGCCGAGGUGCUGCGGCCGCGCAUCCUGGACGUAAAGUGCCCUGACGAGGUCAAGGUCGGCCAGGACUUUGUCGUGCGUGUCUCGGCCAACGGCGGCCCUCGCGUCGACAUCCGCACCAGCGCAGCCAACGUCGUCCUUAUCGAGGCGAACCACCAAGUCCUUACUUACAAGUUCACCGCCGUCGAGCCUGGGCCUGACGAGCUGCAUUUCUACUUCGCCCACCCGCAGUCGCUCAUGCCGGCUUCGCACCGCCACCAGCUCACCGUGGUCGAGUAG